CACCGGCUAUCAGAAAGGGUUUUGUUUGUCAAAGGAGAAAAGAAGUAGUGUUUUCCUGACACUCCUACAUGUGUCCUGUUGAACAAGCGGUGGAUUAAUAGUGAUUUAAUAAGGCUGCAAUAACGAUAACUUCACUACAAUACUAAUAAUGCAGCGAUUAAACGUCCAUGUGUUUGAGUGGGGUCACUGCGGUUUCAGGACAGCAGAUGGACAUGAACUCAAGCUUGAAAGAGAUGCUGAGAUCUUCCCUAUGGCAUGUGUCCAUGUGCUUUUAUAACAGCGUUUUAUAAACUAGGCAACAGCCAUUCUCUGUGUUCAUGAUAACCCACCGAUGUCUUAUAUCUACAUGUAAGCUGCAUUACUCCUCACUAAAGCCAUUACUUCAAAUUCUGUGUCUGGAAAAAGUCAACUAACAUGCGUUUAACAUCCUCAUGCUUCAUAAAUCACAUUGUCCACCUCCAGUGUAGUGGAGAGCAGCUCGGGUUAACUGUUUCCUUCCUCUUUAGAACAAUGAUCAAAUAUAAACACCAUUAAGGCAUAGUGCAGGGGGUGAUUUGUAUAGAAUUGGUUUACUUGAACUUUAUUGCAUCGCUGAGUGCCCCAUUAAGAUACGGUGGAAAGUGCCAUAAUUGCUUUUGAAGAACUCAGUGCAAAUAGACCAUUGAUACACUAUCCCGGUAAAAGCCGGAAUAAUUUUCAUGAAAAACCAGGUAAAUCACUCUGAUCACGUGGCUAGAAAUGUUGCAUAAACGCACAGGUGAGUUUGCCAGGUUGUGGGGUCACUGCAGGUUAAUUGAGUUCUGUUGCUCACUCCAACCUUAAUUGGUUAACCAGGAGAGCGGCUGUUUAAUGGGGCGAACACACACCUGCUAAAGGCUAAUAGCUAGCAAACAUGGCGAGAGUGCAACCCUGUGUUUGUUAACUCUGAGGGUCCUUCGUGCAGGGCCCCGCCUUUCUAAAUGGUGUUAAAUGAUGCAUUGGGUACAUCUUAAACUGAGAAAGGUGUAGACAAAUGAAACCAAAAGGCUGUAUGUUGUUUGAGCGUUUCACCAGAGUUUCCAAGACAACUGUCCCUCCAUCCAGGUCUCUUAUCUGGCAGGUCUGCCAAUGUUUGCGCCCAUACAUAUCGAUUUAUGCAGUGCAGACAGUAGACAUCCAUAUAAAGUGUUGAUGGCGUAUUGUUUGAGGACAGUCCUGCAAGAGAAGCGUGUAUGCCAGACCUCUAUAACCAUUUCUCACAGAUUCACCUGUCUCCAAACACAGGUGCAUGGGUGCCAGGUAUUUACAGAGUGCAAUUGAUUUACUGAAAAUCCCACUGGCUGCAGAAGAUCCUGGAAACUGGGCUCUCUCAGGUCUGCAAACAGUGAAGCCAAUGGCCUGGUCGCUGCAGAGUCACAUGGUGUCAAAGUGACUCACCUGUGUGGAGCCGCCCGGGCCUCGCAGUUGCGCCACUUUCAGGUGGAGCAGAAAGGCGCAGGUACUGUGCAUGUGCGGGACCUCGGAAGCCAUGAAUCGGGAAGAUCAUUACUACCCUUCCCAGGUUUUUAAAGACUCCUGUGCCUACCAGAGAUCUCAGGCGGAGGACUACAGCCACAGCCCGCCGCCGUGCCUCUACAUGAGCCGGCACUCCGUCUACACUCCGCCGGCCAUGGGAGCCUUGGAGACGGCCAGCCUCCCUGACAUCUCGGCCUCUUACAGUCUCCCCAUGCGGGAGGACCCAGGUUUGACCCAGCUGCACCACCAACACCCGGGGCUCCAGCAGCAGCCUCUCCAGCCGGCUGCAGGCUAUGGAGACGCGGGGGACCAGAGCAGAUAUCUGCCUUUCCCCUGGAUGAAAAGCACCAAGUCUCACUCGCACACCUGGAAGGGGCAGUGGGCAGGACCAUACGUGAUGGCGGAAUCAGAGGAAAACAAACGCACGAGGACUGCCUACACGCGCGCCCAGCUGCUGGAGCUCGAGAAGGAGUUCCUGUUCAACAGGUACAUCUCGAGGCCGCGGCGCGUGGAGCUGGCGCUGAACCUCAGCCUCACGGAGAGACACAUCAAGAUCUGGUUCCAGAACCGGCGCAUGAAGUGGAAGAAAGAGGAGGACCGCAGGAGGGGGAGGGGGACCGACCCGGACCAGGACUCCUCCAUCACCUCCGGGGACCAGGGGGACACCGCGGGGGGGCUCACCUCCUCCACCGGGGGGCUCACCUCCACCACCGGACCUGCCCCCACCUCCCCUCCUGUUUCCCCGCUGCACGGUCACUCCAUCCCCGCAGCUGGAGCCAGAGAGACUGCAUAGACUCUAACUCAUACCGCAGGGACGUUUCAGUUUGUUUCAAUGGAAGUCUUCAAAUACAGAUUUUUAGGUAUGCAAUUUGAUUUUAGGAAUAUAAGAAUCCCAAAUGAGAAUAAAACCUAAAAG